AAUUAGAAAAAAAUGAAAAAAAAAUCAAUUUUUUACAGACGUGAAGGCCAUGUAACCCCUUACAACAAUCCUCUCGAGUAUUGCAUCAACUCUGUGUUCCUCAAAUCUAUCACGUGAUGCAAUAGUAAGCAGCUUUGAAAUUUCAUGUUACUUCUUCCUCAUCUUGAAAGCUUGGCGAUGAGACGAUUAAAUGAACAAGUGUUGAGCACCAGAAAGACUUAAAACUCAUUUUAAUAAAUAACGAUAGAUAUAACGGACUGAAGUCGACUUUUAGUACAGCAAACACCUUAUCUACUUCAAAAUUAAUUUCCAUCUUAGAAAGUUCUAAAACAUUAUAGUUUUCACGGCAUUGUCGCUAGAUUACAGCUAAUAUCGCAAAUAGCAUUAAACAUAAUAAUAGAAUUCAAAGUAUGGCACUCCAAUCUCUUACUAAACUAAUUUUAAUACCGUCCUUGAGCACGUGACAUAUUGGUUAGUAGCAAGAAACAAAAGCACUUCACGGUAAUACAAAAGGAAAGUGAGAUUUUGUACGCGAAACAAUAGCAACGGUAAAUUACGCGCAUUGCCACCUUUUGUUCAAGGACUUGAGCAGCGGCAAAAUCCGGCAACCGUAAGAAAUUCAAAAUUGCUCAUAUGAAAGGAAGAUUGUUGAAUAAACAGAUUUGCAAUUGUGAUACUUCGGAAAAUUUUCCACGUAAACGAGCGCAUAUAAAGAGAACAUAAGGAUAUGCAAAAAUAUUUAUUUCGAGAAUUACAAUAAGCGGUCGCUGAAUGCGAGCCGAUCUCAUCAUUUACGUGAAAAUGUCCACGCACACGACAAAAGGGCUACUCAUCACAUAAUUCAAGGUAAAAAAAUAUAUCACGAGGACACCUUUGUACAAAGGCACCCGCUUAAUGAGCUACUUAAGGAUAAUUGCAAAAAGGAUACCUCAAAUUUUACAAGCCUGGAAUUUCCCACGCGACGACGCGCCUGCGAAAUUCGCAUGUUCGGCGAGACAGGUAGAUAGCAGAUAGUGGCGAAAGGUGGGCCGAAGUUAUGACCGUACAACAAUGAAGUCCUCGGCGAGACAGCUUGAGCCAACUACCUGCGCAGGCGCUCACCUUUGGCUAUAAAAGGUGCACGCCGUGAGGCAGAGAGCAGCAUUCGCUAGAAUAUCGUUGCAAUCUAAACAACACGACUAGAGCUACAAGUAAGAGAAAUAAUACUAAAAUUUAAUAACAAAUUUGUUUGCGAAACGAACGUGAUUAACAACAACUACAGAAAUGGCCACACAACAAAACGCCAGUUUCUUCUCCAUACCGGUUUUCCAUUCGUCAUCUGAGUUUCGCGUCAACACAGCAUACUUCUCCAAGGAGGAUCUAUCGCUCUUCGUCGAGAACUUGGAGACCAUAGAAAAUCUAAAACGCAAAGAGCGUCAACGUCGUCAGCACUUCGAGGAACAAAUACGUGAGACACGCACAAUACUGGAGAACUCACUGCAAAUCGCCACACAGCCAAGCAAUAUGGGCUGCAUGCCAAGUCCCACAUCGUCGCUGAAUGAAGAACUGCGUUCUUUAUGCAUCGGUAAAAUAACACCGCGGCGUAACCGCAAACCGCAACCAGAAUCGCCAAUCGAACGCCAAGAACUGCAGCCAAAACGUCCGAUCUCGAUGCGCAGAUCCUCGGACGAGGAAGAGACUUACUUCAGCGAUGUCAACGCAAGCCCGGAUCGCACACCAGUCAGUACGGCGAAAAAACCACGCCUACUGUUCGCCCAAUCACCGAAAGCACUGAAGGAUAACAAUUCCGGUUCGGAUUCUGAAGAGUCUGGCAUAUACCCACUGGCUGACACGCCAAAACAAAAAACAUUCCGUGCACGUACGAACGCGCUGGCCGAGAAGCCGAAAGUUUCAGCAGGCUCACGCAUACUUGCUUUACUGUUGCGACGCGAGAUCUUAAAGAAUCAUCAAAAAGAGCAACCUGAGGAAAUAGUUCGCAUCAAGAAAGCCGCCUCCAAUCUUAACGUGAGCAAGGAGCAUGAAGAGCACGAUUUCCACGAGUUCAUCAAGCAGAAGUACAAGCGUUUCGCCUUACGUUAUAUACGCAAAAUGAAGAAGCACGUCGUGGUCGAGGAAGAACCGGAAAAGCCCAGCGACUUGGAGAUGUUGGACAAAGCGCUGCGCUACAUGACUUUGUAAGUCAAGCUAGACAACUGCGGUACCAAACGAAUACAUACGAAGGACAUUCCAAGGAAAUCUCCAAGAGAUGACGCACUUAUCCUAUGAAAAAGAGGACUGACUGAAUAAGUGAAGAAAAGGGAGGAACAAUAAACAAAAACAACAAAGGCGAACUAAUUUUUUGGCAACAAUGAUGGUUAUGGAAAUUAUAUUUAUUAUUAAUUUAUAUUUAUUUAGUUAUAUAAGUAUUGUUAUAAAACAAAUAAGCGCACAAAAAACACAAAAAAUUCCUUUUCAUUGAAUUCAUUACAACUUUUUAUAUAGGUUAGGUGGUUUGCUGGUGGUAUUGAAGAAUUUGAAUUUUUCUGCAUUCUAGUAGGUUAAGCAACAAUUACAAUACACUUGUUAAGUUAAAUCUUGGAUGGCGAAGGUCGAAUGGCGAAGGUCUCCUCACUAUAACCUUCCGCAAAUAUAAGUCGAACUUUCGAGAAAUUCAACAAUCAAAACAAAAGAUUCACUUGAGGGGUUAAGUAAGUUUGGAAGUUUCCAAAAAUACGUACAAUUUUUUUAAUACAUACAUAUGUGUGUCUAGAACAGUUCUCCCAAAAUUUCAAUCAAUAGCAAUAAAAGUGUAGUGAAGUUUCCCUUUGGGAAAGCCGUCAGGCUAGAUCGGUCGGCUACUUCAAUGUUUGAUCGGAUUUUUCUCGAAACACUAUGUUCAAGGUCGGUCCACUACUUUAAUGUUUGAUCGGUUUUUUCUCGAAACAUCGUUUUCAAAUUCGGUGGUCACGAUUUCUCAGAAGCGAUCUUAUGGAAAUUUUUCACACUUGGAUAAUCUCGUGAUUGAUCGAAGGCUUUUUCCGAUUUCAACUAAUUUUCAAGGAAAUUUGUGGUAAAAAAUAAUAAAUUCUAGCUAUUAUUUCGCAACUUUGCCAAGUAUUAAUUUUUUCAAAUCCUUCGUUUAGUCACGGCC